GGCAGUUGUCACUGCAGUGACUGUUCCUGGACAGCAGAGAUCACUGAGUUUGAGUACAUCUUAUGCCAUUGUGACACAUGUCGAAAGCUAGGAGGAGGGCCGUUCUCCAUGAACCAGAUAAUUCACAUGGCAAGGCCAUCUUCACCUUCCUGCCACACCUAUACUGGAGCCUCCGGAAAGCCAGUCAACUGUUACUUCUGCCCCAAUUGUACCUCCCACAUCUACCACCACCCAGCCGUCAUGGGGGACUGA